AGACGUAGCGGCAACUUACAAGAAGAGCCGGCGAGAUGCAAGAAGAAUCCUCCUCCUCCUCACUCGCGUCGAGACUGGGGUGCGAGGCGGGAGGAGCUCCCCUGGAGCGUCCCGGCUCCUCCGCUAGCCCAAGCCUCCCUGCGAAGCGACCAUGGGUACAGCAGCAACAGCAGCAGCAACAGCAGCAGCAGCAGGCGUACCCCGAGCAAGAUCAGCUGGGACCGACCAGCAACGGCGCCCAGGGUUCCAUGCAACAACAGCAGCAGCAGCAUCAGGUGGUGGGGGAGUCGAACCUAAUCCCGCCAGAGGAACGGCCCCAGCCACCCUCGUUCCUCCGCAGCCUGCGCAGCUCGGCCAUCGGCGCCGGCUGCGACAUUAAGUUGCGGGUGACCGUCACCGGCAACCCGCGGCCGCAACUCGCGUGGCACAAAGACAACGCGCCCGUGGGCGGCGGUGGCCACGGGGCGAGCCAGGAGGAGGAGGAGGAGUACGGUUGCCUCUGGAUACGCGACUGUCAACCGGGCGACUCGGGCAGCUACACCUGCGUUGCAAGCAACUCCGCCGGCGCGGCGCGAACGACUGCCCGACUUACGGUCAUUGCACCGCAAGAGCGGGAGGAGUGCCUGAUCGAGGCGCCGCCACCUCGUGGGUCUGGGCUCGACUCCCGGUCACGCCACCCUCCCGACGUGGACGCGCAGCGAGUGCCGCUGGGAUGGGGCGGCGCGACGGGCCGUGCCUUCACCCCGGACUCGGCGGGGGGCGACCCGGCGCGGGGGCCGUACGGCAGCCGGCCCGGCAGCAGGAUCCGCACGCCGGACUUCGGCCGGGGCCCCGCGCGCAUCGAGUGGGGGCCCGAAAACCAGGCCAUCGAGGGGGUCAUCCUGUACGGAAGCACGCUGGUGCACCGCUCGGGUCCCUACAGAGUGCGAGGACCGUCGGAGUACGGAGUCCGCCCCGCGCGGUCCCCGUCGGAGCGAGUCGCCAGCCCCGCCGUCACCUCGCAAGCGGUGCCGGAGGACGUCGACAGCGGCGGCGUUGUCAAGACGACCACGGCGACGCCGGUGACGCCGCACCGCAAGACGGAGACCCCGGCGAGCUACCAGGACGUGGUGCCCAACGAGCUGGACGAGCGGAGGGGCGCGGGGGCGAGGCACCCCGCGCCGCACGGGGCCCGGAUCCCCCCGCACGCCCACCCGCCGCUGCCCCUGCGCAGGCGUCUGGAGACAAAAAGGGACGCGGCGGCGGCCGGUACGGCGUCCGAGGCUCCCAGGGAGAUGUUUUAUCGAGGCGGCGUGAGGAUGCCUUCCAAAAUCCAAGACAAGCUCAAACUGCCCGACUGGCAGCGGCUGGCGUCGUCGUCCCCCAGCCAGCCGGCGACGAGGAAGAUUCCGCUGUUCAGCUUGUGGAGGAGCCGGUCUUUCGACCAGUUGCCGACCGUUCCGCCGGUCAGCAAAGCCCCGAGUUAUUCGAAGGUCUAUUCACCGCAGUUGGCCAGGAGGCACGGCAAAGAUGGGGAAAACGCCCAAGACGCCCCGGGGAGGUUUCCCGCGAGGGGGAUGAGGGAAAAGGCAGCGUCCCUCGACGACAUGAGGCCCGCGACUCCAGAGCAGCGGGAAAAGCAGGAGCGCCGACGCGAGGCCGCGUCGCCGGCCUUACCGAGGAGCGGAUCCUUCUCGCCGCUGCCGGGCGGCAGAACUCCGAGCCCGAGGGAAGCGUCGAGGUCUCCGAACGGGUGCCCGCAGAGGGUGCUGUCGGGACUCCCGGCCGACAAGGAAGGGAGAGGCGAGACGCGCGACCUGCCGGCGCCAAGAGAGAAACCGACGGAGAGCGACCGGCGCGAGGGGUCGAUGGCGGCUCCCGCUCAGCCCGGAGCUGCCGCUGUUGCACCCUGGAGGCAGCGUCCCACGACGGCGAGGAGUGGCUCGCAGGGCAAGGAUGCAAAGGGAUCCAAGGCUUCGGAAGCGAAGGUUCCUGGCGACGACUCGAGGCGGCUCGGCGGAGUUGAAAAGCCCUCGGCGAAAGCGAGCAGUUCGGCGGUUCCCGCGGUCGCUUCUCGUUCACGCGUGGACGUGCACGCAGGCGCGGAGCGGGGCUCGGGCGGAACCGUAGAGGGAACGAUCUCCAGCGAACCGCCGACAUCCGGGAGGCAAAAGGACACUCUACCCUUAGCGGCUAAAGCCGAGGAUAAAAUUGACAUCUCCCCAGAAGGUCAUGCGAAGGCCGUCCACGCCCAAAAGCGAAUGCCGGCUAUCGAUGGUGGAAUGCCGCCGGGGCAGCAGGAGGCGGAAGCCAUGGAUGUGGCGGAGCAGGGAGCGUGGGACGAUGAUCAGAGGCUGUCGAACAAGCGCUUUGCAGAGCCCAAAGAGCAAAUCGAUGAGAAGAGGAGGAGAAUCGCCGGCGCCGUGCCCCAGGCCGACGAAGAUGCGGGCCCCACGUUACACCCUUCAGAAGAACAUUUGGAUGUGGACAGAGCCUCGGCGCGGGUCCCCGCGGGCUGCGCGGCGUCGGACGAGGAGUACUUCAGCUCGGUGGAGGACUCGCGGGCGGGCGCGCGAGGAGCGGGCGUCCUCUCCGACGAGGAGGAAUACUUCAGCCCCGGGCCGAGCAGCCGCCCCACGUCGCCCGCCGGGGCCCGCGCGCGGCCCCCCGAGUUUCCAGGUCCGCCUCCGGGUCGAUGGCAGCGGCCAACUCUCCCACGUCCUGGCCGGGACGUCUCGUCGGCCCGAUGGACGUGGGGAUGCGUCGCGCGUGCGGUGUGAAAUGUUUAGAUGGGCGGGUAGGC